AUGGACGCGGAAACGGCGGUGGAGGCGGCGAAGCAGGGCUCGACGCUUGUGCUACUGGACGUGCCUCAGUACACCCUCAUCGGCAUCGAUACUCAGAUGGUCUCUGUAGGCCCCGCCUUCAAAGGCAUCAAGAUGAUCCCUCCCGGUCCUCAUUUCGUCUCCUAUUCCUCAUCCACCAGAGACGGCAAGGAUUUCUCACCCGUUACCGGCUUCUUCAUUUUUUCCGGGCCAUCUGAGGUAAUCGUACGCAAGUGGGAUGCACAAGAGGAGCGGCUUGUCAAGUUACCACAAGAUGAGAGAGAUAUUGCUGUGCAGUUAGAAAUUGGGAGUUUGACAGAUUUCUUGGUCCUUAUAAUCUAAGCCAGUAUGGAGAUUGGAAACGAUUAUCUAGCUACAUUACAAAGACCAUCAUUGAACGGAUAGAACCCAUUGGAGGAGAAAUUACUGUUGCCUCAGAAUCUGCCCUGCAUAAAUCCACUCCUAAAACAGCCAA